AGGCCGGAAGUAGGAACUGAGGAGGAAGGAUGAUGGCUGCCACCGAGGAGCCUGUGUCAACCGAGGAGCCGCAGGCGCGCGGCAUCGUCGACGACGUCAUCAAUGCCGUGAGCGACGUUGUCGACGAAUCAAAGGACGUCGCCAACGACAUCACCGGCGGCGCUGUGGGCGACAUCGAGAACGCGGCCCAUAACGUCCAGAACAAGCUGGGCGCUGGCCUGCCGAGCCUGAGCCUCCCGGGUUCGCGCAAGCCAGGCUACUGGAUUGCGUUCAUGGUCCUAGCCGCUGCCGUCCUCAUCGGCGCCUCUGCCCAGUAUGCUGGGGAGAAUAGCUCGUACGGCGAUUACGCGGUCUCGGUCGGCGCGGUCGGCGCGGGGCUCGGCCUCCUCACGCUGCUGGUGUAUCGCUCAAGGGAUAGCAACCUGAAGAAGGUCCAGUUUGAGCUCCAGGGCGUGGGCCAGGUCACCAACGAGAUGCUGAUCGCCUUCUUCUUCUUUGUUUGGUGGGUUGUCGGCGCCUGCGUCCUUACCUUCAACUUCGCACCAUUCGCCAUCACCGGCAACGGGUACUUUUCGCUUUGGGCCGGCGCCUUUGCGUCGGCGGGCUACCUCGCCGACGCCUCCGGUCGCACCAUCGACAGCCUGGCCAGCAGGGCGCGCUCUAAGGGCCCCCUGUUUGGGCUCAUCGUGCCGUCCGUCGUCCUGAUCAUCGCCACGACCACUGACAACAGCUUCGGCCAGAGCAGGCUCGACCUCGACCAGUGCAAGUAUGGCCUCUCCGUCGGCAUCAUCUCGCUGGUCGGCAUCCUCUUCCUCCUCGCACUCGACGACCGCGGCAGCCGCCUCGACUUUGGGCGCAACGGCCAGAGGAUGGCGGACACGCUGCCGAAGCUCGUCGCGUUUGUGCUCGUGUGCCUGUGGGCCGCGGCCGCCAUCGUACUCACGUUCGACAAGCCCUUCACCAAUACCAGCCUAGCAAACGGCUACUUUGCGUGCUGGCUCGGCUUGAUCCUCUCCUUCUGCUUUGCUGUGCAGGAGAUCGAGGAGCUCCGCAAGAUCGUUGAUGACGCGACGGCGGCGAGCGCCUGAGCGGGCCAUGGCACCUGUCGUCACGGUUAGCCCACCGCCCCGAGCGGCGGGUGAGUCGAGAGGAGGAUGGGCUGGCGCGGACGCGGAUGCGGAUGCGCGGCCGGUGCUCGGGCGUGUGUACGUAGGCGGGCUCGCGAGUCGCGUAUGGGCUCUACGGGCUAUAGCCUAUGGCUAUAUAGAGUGAUCACUGUGGGGGCGCCCCGCCCCCGGCCCCGCCGCCCGCCCGCGCCCCCCGCGCAACCGGCGGGCGAUGAAACCGAUGUGCAUGUCUAGGCGGAGACGUGAUUUUUGUCCACUAGGUAAACUGGUAACUGCCUCUUCACUAACUAUUAGUUUUUAAGAUUUAAAACUAUACAUGUACACGAAAAA